UCUCGCGAAAACUCACGAGGGUGACCUGUCACAAACGAGUAUGGCUGCCGCUAAGUUAAAACCAGAGAUUUUGGAAAUAAUAUUUUCAUAUUUAAGUAUAUCUGAUCUUAGGACUUGUUCGUUAGUCUGCAAAGAUUGGUACAAAUUUUUAAAUGACGAGGAUAAUGAUGUGUGGAGAUUUCAUUGUGUGAGGAAAUUGGCCGAGGAGGCUUUAAAAUCUGACUUGUUAAAAAAUGUUCCUACUUACAAAGCCAAACUUCGCGCAUUCUACCAUGCAUGGAAUCCAAAUGAUUGUUCGAAGAACAUGUAUGUUAAAUCCAAUGGUUUUUCCGUGCAUAGGAACCCAAUCGCACAAAGUACAGACGGCGCACGGGGUAAAAUAGGUUUCCGUUCAGGCCGCCACUGCUGGGAGGUGUGGUGGGAGGGGCCCUUGGGGACUGUUGCUAUGAUUGGACUUGCUACUAAAUAUGCCCCUAUGCAGUGUCAUGGAUAUGUUGGUUUGCUCGGUGGAAAUGACCAAACGUGGGGCUGGAAUUUGGUGGAUAACUAUCUUAUACACAAUGGAGAUAGUCAAGGAAAUUACCCAACAGUGAAUAACGCACCUAAGUAUCAGGUGGGAGAGAGAAUACGUGUGAUUCUUGACUGCGAAGACAACACAUUAGCAUUUGAAAAGAACUAUGAAUUUUUAGGUGUUGCUUUCCGAGGAUUACCAGACACGCCCCUUUACCCUUCUGUGUCGGCAGUGUACGGCAAUACAGAGAUCUCAAUGGUUUAUCUGGGACCACCUCUUGAUGGAUGACAGUCGUUUCAUGCUCUAGAACAAUCAUCCACUCAGCAUGACGCAUCUUGUGCCCCACCAUGGAAAUACAAGUCUCUGCACAAAGAGAUAGCUGAUUCCUCAGUCAAAUAGCCUGGAUGUGUUUAUAAAGUUUACGUAACAUCCAGUGAGAAUCAUGUGUGUGUCAAGAUUUUCUUGAGUUACUUUUGCUGGACCAAAAGUAGUGAUUUAUUAAUAUCCAUUCUUUGUGUCUCUCAGAUCUGCUGCUAUACAAGUUUGAUGAAUGUUUGGUGAUCAUUGUGAGCACACAAAAUUUUUCGCUGUGUGUUUGUGUGGAUGUGAUUGUGUGUGGGAUUAGAUUUAUAGAUAGUGUUUGUCUGCUGUUGAGAUUUUUAUUGUAUGCUGUGUUGUAGCAGUAUCGACUUCAUGUUAAAAUCUUGCACUAGUAACCAAGUGCUAUUACUGCUUUUUCAGAGAAUAUGGCAUGUAGAGAAAAAAGUACUUUUGUAGUGUAACAGUUUAUUUUUCUCUAAAACCUCCGUUUUUAAAGAAUUUUGUAGAUUAGUGAAAUUAAAAAGAUUACAUUUCUAACUUAUGCGCUUAGGAGAUACUUGGAUAUUAGUAGCUUUAUCAGGUAUGAAACACUCAAUGAUACAUGGAUUUUAACAGCUUUAUUAAGCGUUAAACAUCUUACAAGUUAGGAUGUACAUGUAUCUGAUCUGGAAAUUUUUUUUUUUUUUUUUUUUUUUUUUUUGGUGUUUGAUCACAUUUCAUGCAUCUUUUUAAGAGUAGUAGUAUUUGCAUAUUAGGUACAGUUUGAACAUGAUAUGACAGUUUUAUGAACAAAUAUCUAACCAAAAACUUAUAGUGAAAUGAUAAUUGCUUCAAUAUUUAAAUAACUUUCUCUAUGAACAAUUAUUACGGACAUUAAUGUGCCAUUUUUGUACUACAAAACUUGUUGACUUGAACCAGUCCACAUUGAGUAAUAUUAUUAUGAAUGACUCGGGGUUGGGCGGUUAAAACAGUGGUUUUAACCGUCCCGGUCAAUACUCCCUAAGUGGUCAAUGCUGGUCAAUUGAGAUUUAAACUGUCCAUUUUCCUAUUUUUGCAUAUUUUUUGCAAAGAUAAAUUAAGCCUUUUCAUUAUGAUAUAUGGAUCAAUUGGUUAUCAAUAAUUUUCAUUAUAUAAUUAGAUGUAAUUUCAUAAGUUUAAUAUAUUUGGUUUGCUGAAACUGUGACCAUAAUAUCUUCAGAACUAUAAAAGAGGGUCACAUAUAGCAUAACUGGACAAUAGGAUCUGCUUAUACAUGUACCUGGACAGAUUAAGAAUAACAGGUAGCUGGACAUUAAAUAAACACAGUGAUUUAAUAUGAAUUGGGUGACAGAUGCUGUAGAUAAACAAUGUGUUGCAAUGUAUGGAGCAGGAGAUGUACCUGAGCACAGGAAAUAGUUGACAGGUGUUAAUUAGCAUACUCUGGGACCAGAGAGGACCAGUGUACAUGUUAUUGUUAUGAAAACAUCACCAACACACCCCCUAAAAUGUUUAUUUAACAGUUAAAUGAAGAUUUGAAACAAUAGGUAGUUCUUGAUAAACUAAAGAAUUUGAACAGAAAUAGAAAACACUUCCCCCAUCAUACUACCUAUGGCUUCAACAAAACAUUUUGGAAUUUCUAUGAUAUUGUUGAGGACAACAAGACCACAGCAAGAUGUAAAGACUGCAAUGCUGUUGUCAGUGCCAAAGUAAUACGGCUACAAAACAGUUUUUUUUAAUUUUUACAAUAAAAUUUUACAUCUUCCCCUAUUUAAUUGAGUCAUUUACAUUAUUUAUUUAAUAUUAUGACUUGCAAGUAUAUUAUAAACUGAUAGUGCAUGUUAUGAAUUACAGUAUUUACCAUAAUGGCCACUGAAACAUUUAAAAUAACCAACAACACAGACUAUAAUGACCAAACAAUUUUCAAUCAACCACUAUUGACCGGUUUUAACCAGUAUUGACCACCGGCCCGGUCAAUACUCAUAUUGACCACUUUUUUGCCAACCCUAGAAUGACUGUAGAGUUCUGUGUGUGCCAAUCAGAGAAAACCACACACACACAGCUCUUCAUUGUAUGCACAGCCUUGUCGGACAUUCAUAACUGGAGCCAUCACUUUAUGUAAAUGAAUAUGAAUGAAACUGACAUGGUUUUUAACUGUUGUAGUAAAGCCAUUUUUGACAUGAAUUUUAACCUCUUCCCAAAAAAUUCUAUGUCAGAAUAUUUUCAAAAGUGUGAAAUAUUUUUGUUUGUAACAUUUUAUGAACCUGUUUGAAUAUUUAAAUGCACAUUUUUUUUUAUUGUGUGCUUAAUAUUCUGAAAACAUGUUUUACCUUGCAAUAGUGUAAUGAAGUGUAAUGAAUUUGUAUGAAUGGAAUAUUAUGCAGAUGUAAAUGGAGAAAAUGAGUAACUAUCAAAAUGGGUAUAUGCAGAAAAACAGACUAGUGUGUUUGAAAUAUUCAAAUGAUGGGAUGAAAUACGAAGAUUAUGUGUUGAAGUCUUGCAUACAUGUUAAAAUUUUGUAUUGUAUAUGAAUACAUUGUACAACUUUAUGAAGUUUGAAAUAAAUUUCUGAGUAAAUUUAUGGAACAAGCCAA